CGCUGGACGCGUGCCACCGCGUUGCUCCCGCGCAUUGAUAAUUCACCGUAGCUGCGGUUCGGGCAGCUCUAGUGAAGCUAGUCCAAUAUAAAAGCAAAAGAACAUCGUUCCACCUCAAUUAGUUUGUUUUUCCGAUUCCGCUGAGAAGCACGCGUUUCUAGUCUUACGCCUCCGCCCAUUUGGCUCAAAACAACAAACACCACCCAAUAGACGGUGACUUGCAACGUUCAACGUGAUUGGAGUGUUGUUCACAAUCGAGGCCCCCGCUGUCGAUUGGUUAGCGUUAUCCCUGGAAGUGAAUCCCAGUCGAAGAGCUGUAGUGCGAAGUGUGUGUAAACAUUCCAGCUAACAGAGAAAAGGCGUGAUCUGUGGAUUGAGUGAAAAUAUUCUGUUACCUUUUUUUGUGUGAAAAAAGUUAAAAAGUUUAAGUGAAAAAAAAUCAUUAUAAAGUAAUAAAAACAAGAUUGCUCCUGAACAACGCUUUCCUAUACCAGCUGAAAACAUUGUGGAUAGUGACAACUUGUGCGAGUUUCUCCCGGUGCUCAGCGCGGAGACAGCAAAACAGGCGACGCCCCAUCGCGAGCAACGAUUUAAAGUAAGCAGAAUCCGGACUGCACCGAAAGACUACAUUAACUGAAAAAGGAAUCCGGCUCCGAUUGCAUUAUGGGUACUCUGCCACAGCUGGCCAUCGUCAAAGGACAGCAGCGUAGUUUGAUUCCUGCUUUACUGCAUCGGACUAUCGAGGCCAAUGUGGAUCGCUUUUGUGGAACUAACACCGCGCUUAUAUUCAAUGAUGACAACCACGGUCAAAUUAGAACCAACUACAACGUACUGAAUUCAACGGCCAACCGGCUAGCAGCAGCCGCCAUUGAUGAAAUCUCUAGAAAUGGCAAACCGAAACCGAACGGAGAUGGUGACUACAUCAUAGCAGUUUGUAUGCAUCCCACCGAUCGUUUGGUAACCACACUGCUAGCUAUCUGGAAAGCGGGAGCUGCGUAUCUACCGUUGGAUCCAACUUUUCCUCCCAAUCGAAUCGAACAUAUUUUGAAGGAAUCGCAACCGGCGUUGGUUAUUUACGAAGAUUUUGAUAACAUUUCCGUGUUCGGUGCAAUACCGGCGGUGCCCUACACCGCAUUACGUCAAAAAGCCAGUGACAUGAGCAACGCCAAUGUCCUACCGGAGCAGAUGUUGGGAAAAGGGAACAAUGAGUUAGCACUAGUGUUGUACACAUCAGGAAGUACCGGUGUUCCAAAAGGUGUGCGCCUGAACCACGCAACCAUUCUCAACCGCUUGCAGUGGCAGUGGAACCGAUUUCCCUACUCGGACACAGAGAAAAUUGGCGUGUUCAAAACUGCUUUGACCUUCGUCGAUUCUGUUACGGAAAUUUGGGGACCACUUCUCAAUGGUAUGACCAUCGUUGUGGUACCCAAAAAGAUCACCAAUAAUCCGGAACGGUUGGUUGAACUACUGGAAGAGUACCGAAUCGAACGACUUGUUCUGGUGCCCACUUUGCUUCGAUCAUUGCUCUUGUAUUUACCCAUGCAAAAGAAAAAACUGCUCUAUAAUCUGAAAAUUUGGGUUUGCUCUGGUGAGCCGUUGCAAAUUUCCUUGGCCAAAGAGUUCUUUAACUAUUUUGAAGAAGGUGUACAUCAGCUCUGCAACUUCUACGGAUCGACGGAAGUGAUGGGCGACGUAACUUACUUCGUUUGUGAAUCGCGAAAGCAGCUCAGUAAUUUUGAGAAAGUUCCUAUAGGCUACCCACUGGACAACACUGUGAUAUAUGUGUUAGAUAGCAAAUUUGAACCGGUUAAACCAGGUGACAUUGGAGAAUUGUUCGUAUCCGGUUUGAAUCUCGCACAAGGCUAUGUAAACGGUCGCGAUCCGGAACGAUUCAUCGACAAUCCGAUGGCGGUCGAUUUGAUGUACUCGAAAUUAUACAGAACCGGCGAUUAUGCGUCCGUAAGCAAAGGAUGCAUUUACUAUGAAGGACGAACCGACUCUCAAAUAAAAAUCCGAGGCCACCGGGUGGACUUGUCUGAAGUUGAAAAGAAUCUACUUUCUCUUUCUGGAGUCGACAAAGGAAUAGUAUUGUGCUACCAUGCGGGAGAACUCGACCAGGCUCUGCUGGGAUUUGUCACAGUACAAGAUGGUUCUACUUUCCAGACUGGAAUGCAGAUUGAAGGAGUUCUCGAAGGCAUGCUACCACAUUACAUGAUACCACAGGUUAUAAUUAUGGAGAGCAUUCCACUACUCGUAAAUGGAAAAAUUGAUAGACAAAGUUUGCUGAAAAUGUACGAAAAUACUAAUAAUAAUGAUGACGCUAUCAUAGAAAUCGAGUAUGACUACAGUGGCGUACCGGAACAUAAAAUGUCCAUGGCCAAGGAUUUGUUUACCACCGUAGGGGAAGUGAUUGGUCGUUCAACACGCACCAAAAUCUCUCUGCAAAGCAAUUUCUACGAACUGGGUGGAAACUCGCUGAACUCGGUUAUCACCGUCACGCAACUGUGUCAGAAGGGUCACGCAAUCAGUAUUACCAGCUUCAUUGGUGCGGAUAACCUUGAAGAGGUAUUGGAUAAAAUGUAUAGCAACCAGCAGCACAUUGCCGAGCAGGAAGAGAGCGGAAACAAGGCGCAAGAGUUUGAGUUUGAGUACAAAAUGCACCUCAUCGCUCAACCAUUGGCCCACGAACACAAGGAAGAUGCAAUCAAUAUCUUGACGUACAGCUUCUACGAAAAGGCCGACCUGGAGCGAUGGAUCAAACCAUUAAUCAAGGAACAAGACUAUCGGGACAUUCUGGAGGACAUAUGGGAUGUGUUGAUUGAAAAACAACUUAGCUUUGUAAUAAAGGACACCCAUGGCAAAUCUGUCGGAGUUUCGUUGAACUUUGACGCUUACGACGAGCCAGAGCCGGAAAUUGUCAAUAACCUAGUGAUCAUUUUCGAGUUUCUCGAAUUCGUAGAGAAACCCAUAAGAGAAGGGAUGCUACCACAAGGAAUUAACCAAAUACUGCACUCGUUCAUGAUGGGCACGUGUGCCGAUCUGAGUGCUCAGGAAAAUAUUGAGGCUAUGCACUUCAUGGAGAGUGAGGUUUUGAAAAUCGCCAAUCGACGGAACUUUGCUGGAAUUCUGACAACGAAUACUAGCCCGCUAACACAGCAGCUCGGUUCUAAUGUGUACAAGUACGAAACCAUGCUAGACUACCAGAUUAACCAGUGGGUGUACGCAGACGGUUCGCGGCCUUUCGGUAAGGCCCCCAACGAUCAGCGAGUUAUUGUGCACUGGAAAGACACUCGAAAGCACCAAUGAGUAGAGACAGUUAGGGUUCUGUAUUUAAUAUUUAUCGGCUGCUUUAUGCAAUUAUUUAUAGCUAGGGAAGAUGCAUGCAACAGUGCAAUAGAAAAAAUUGUCGAAAAAUAAUCAUUAACGAAAGCAUUCUGAAAGUGCGCUGAAUUUUCUCCAAGAAUUUGAAUACAAACUAGUUGUUGCAAAAUUCAGGCAAAAGUGAUAUAGUUUUAAGAUUUCGUACAAAGUAUGAAGCCGAGCAAUAUCAAAACGCGAUUGAUGCUAAUAAUCAAUAAAGCAAUUUGUUUAGUCUA